GUACUUGACAGCCGUUUAGCGGGUUUGGAAAUGUCAGGUAAUGGUGUCUUACUGAACAGGGCCUGUGUGCCUUAAAUGUAUUAAACGAGUCAAAUACACACGAUAUAGCGCCAUGUCCAUGUAUGACUACAGCCUGAUCUGUAAUUUCCCCAAGUGUCGAGGCAGGCUGAGCGGCUUCGCCUGGGUGACGGCCUGCUCUCAUAUCUUCUGUGAUCGGCACGGCUCCGGUGAGUUCAGCCGCACUCCGGCCAUCUGCCCUGCCUGUUCCUCUGCCCUGUCAGGAAAACUGGACAUCGUGCGCACUGAGCUGGCACCUUCUGAGCAAUACAAGGCCAUGGUUUUGGUAGGAUUGCGACCUGAGACCGUUCUGGAUAUCAGCCAUCGAGCUCUGGCCUUUUGGACAUACCAGGUAAACCAAGAAAGGUUGCUCAUGGAGUACAGUUUGUCCCGAGCAGAGGUGCAAGUUGGCCAAAUGGAGAAGGUGAUGGCACAGCAGAACCAAUCCAAAGAGCAUGAGCUGAAUGCAAUGCGAGAGGAGAUUGCCUCACUGAAUAAGAGGCUGGAGGAAUAUAAGCGAAAAUAUAGUGAGGUUUCAGAACUUCUGGUGAAGAGAAACAGACAGUAUCAGAAGCUUCAGGGGCUGUUUGAGACUUUGAGGCUACGUACCAUGGAGGCUUCUGACAAAGAUGGACCUAACCAGGCUGCCCAUGUUUUCCCCUCUGGAAUAAUUAGACAGCGCUCUCCCCACACCACUCCUCCUUUCUUAGCUGUGGGUCCCGAAGGUGACAAGCUCUUCCAUUCUGUCCUAGAACCAGAGAGCUUCAAGAGCUUUUUCCAAUUUAGCUCACCGCCAAGAGAGAAAGGACAUUCCUUUAUAAAGAAAAACUGACUGCAUAAAAACUGACAGUUUGGUAUGCAUCUGUAUUUUUCCAUUACACUUGUUAUAUUCUUUGGGUACACUUUGAUGUACGAUUUGUCACCAUUGAAUUAUUUAAUUCCUCUCAGUGUUCAUUGCGAAGUUGUUUAUAGAUAAUAAAGUUGUUUGGACUGGUGUCAGCAAAGUAUGCUGCUAAA